CUAUUCAGAAUUACCAAAAAAAAUAAUGUGGCAAAGUCCAAUCGUUCAAAGCUGCUUUUUCAUACUUGGUAUUGAACCUUGACCUUUGGCACACCUUGUCUGCAUUGAUUUAGCUAUGCUCAUUUAGAAACCAUUCAAUUGGUACUACACCCCAAUCAAACUCUGCCUCAUCAAGGUAUCAAGGGCAGGGCAUGAGUGCCUGUGGAGAAAAUCAUGAGUGCUCAUCUCAGAAUUGUUUUGAAAUGAAAAAGCACAGCCCCAUUCACACCCCUUUUCUCGUCUUGCCCCUUAUACAUUGACAAGGCACCAAAAAUUGUUGUAAAGCGUCAAUGCACUAAAAGGGUGUGGGGAUGCAUCAUGGACACCCCUCCCCACAAUCGGUGCAGUGAUGAACUCAUAACUUUAAAAAGCAACCAACAGAGAGCUUUUCAGUUUUUCACUUUUCCGUCAUUGGAAACCAAAAGAGAAACCUCCUUAACCUGCCAAUAUCCUCUAGUCUCCUCAUUAGUCAAAUCUCAACCAAAAUUUCACCAUUCCAUCUCUUCCAUUGAUCAAAUACUGCCUCUGAUCACAUAUCAUCCGAUUUUUCGAGCAGACAAACACGAGACAUGAAAUCAAUGAAGGGAAGAUUCUUGAAGAAAUUGAGGUUCAUUCCAACCAUAGAAACACUAAAACAUGGUCUAGUUUCUCACUUCAACUCCACAGACAAGUUCUCCCAUCAGAACCUACAAAUCCCAUCAGUUUACAUACAAGAAGAUCACAAAAUAAACAAUCUCCAAGAAGCUGUAACUGGCGAUAUUGGUGUAUCAGAACGCUUCACAGAACUAAAAGAUGAAGAAUCUGAUGAUUUGGAGCUCCACUUUCGCGACAAGGAGAAAAUUACACCCUUUACAGUGUUCAAUGACAAAGUGACUGCAGCCAUAGAUAAUUUAGAGUCUCCAGUCUCCUCAGAGAUCACCAUGGAAUGUGAUGAAGCUAAUGAAACUGAGCAUGAGAAGGGUAUUGAAGAAUAUCCAUCCCUUUCACAUUUUGAAGAGAAAUGUCCUCCUGAAGGAAGCGAAUCUGUAAUUCUGUAUACAACAAGUUUGAGAAGUAUAAGAAAGACAUUUGAGGAUUGCCACACAAUACUGUUUUUGCUGGAAAGUUUUAAAGUUGAGUUCCACGAGAGGGACGUUUCGAUGCACUUGGAAUAUAGGGAGGAACUAUGGAGGAUAUUGGGUGGCAGAGUGAUUCCUCCAAGGCUUUUCAUCAAGGGAAGGUACAUAGGGGGAGCUGAUGAAGUGGUUAGCUUGCACGAACAAGGGAAGCUAAAGAAGCUUUUGGAAGGGAUACCAAAAGUCCUGUCUAAUACUCCCUGUGCUGGUUGUGGCAACAAGAGAUUUGUAGUUUGUUUGAAUUGCAAUGGAAGCCGCAAAGUCUUCACCGAUUGGGAGAGUGAUGAAAUGCAUAUUAUUAGAUGCCCUGAGUGCAAUGAAAAUGGAUUGGUUAAAUGCAAAAUUUGCUGCCAAUGAGUGACAAGUCUUGGCUUGGCUGGUUAAUUGGCUAUGAUCAGUAUUUCCUUAUUCUGCUCUUUCUUUAUUUUGUAACGUGUUAAUUCCCUCUUCUUCUCUCUAACUUCUUAUCUGAAUUUUGAUAUCAGAACAUCUUUUAACUUGUAGAUUAUUCAAUAGCUGUUGCUUCAGUUGCUAGAGGUCUGUGGGAUUGCAGAAAAUGAAUAAUACAUUAAA